AUGGCGGCGGUACAAUUCGCCGGCUCGCCACAAAGCGAGCCUGCGCUUGAAGUGCCACGAGAGCCACCACCGGAGCAGAGCAACGGAUUUCGCUGCUUGUCGGCCAGGCUCUGCGCCCUGCGCCCGGAUGACAACAACUCCGCCCGGACCGAGAUCCACCUGCUCUUCGACCAGCUCAUCUCCGAGAACUACAGCAAGGGCGGCGGCGUGGCCCCGGAGGAUGUCAGUACUCUUCUUGUCCAAGCUUGCCAACUGGUGCCUCUUAAUCAGAAUCAUCUUGUCAGCAAAGUGUCUCAACUUAUCCACCAUUUACUUAACAGAUUACAGGUAAUUGUGGAUGAACAGAACCUGGAUUUCCUGUUGGCGUACGCUAUUUCUGCUAUUCAGCAGUGUAGUUCCUGGACACACAUGGAAAUUCUUCAAGCCCUGGCAGCUCUGGUUUACUGCAAUGGCUCAAAAUGUCAAAAGCACCUCCCAGACUUGCUAGGCAAGAGCGGGAUUUUGAUGAAAUUGAGUGACUCGGCUCAGCCCGACCCCGAAGUUAGGAGAGCUGCAGUGCACUGUAUGGCAAACUUAUGUCUCAGUGUGCCAGGACAGCCAUACUUGGAGGAGCCCUACCCAAAUAUCUGCUUCCAGGCUUUCCUGAGCACUCUGCAGUCUCCAAAGUCAUCUGAUAUGGAUGAUAUCACGUUUUGCAUGUUGUUACAAAAUGCAUUAAAAGGUAUACAGUCUCUUCUAAAUGGGGGUAAGAUGAAACUGACACAGACUGAGGAACUUGGAGCCCUUCUGGCUGUGCUAAAGAAAUCUAUGUUUCAUGGACUCCCGGGACUAAACAUAGAGCUGCCCACGGUGUUAUACCCCACUCCACUUCCUCAGUACGAUGGGCGACCACCUGUCAAACCACAGCAGUCUGAAUCCAGCGCCUCCCGACCAACUGCGAAUAAAAAGAAAAAAUCAAAAUCGAAGAAAAUCCAGCAAGGAGGAGGAGAAGAAGAGGAAGAAUCCAGUGGUGAAAGAGAAGUAGCCCCCAUCCCUGGCUCGGGCAGAGAGCACCUGCAUGAGGGGAACACUCCCUGUUCCUCCUCCCUGGGAGGCCAGAGUGCGCCAGCGGAGGGAAGCGGCGCUGCGGGAAAAGAGCGAGUCUCCCCGCCCAUCCGUUCGGCCAGCUGGAAAAGGGUCAGCAGUAGUGAGUCUGAGUAUUCCGACGCCGAGGGAGGCAUGCAGAGUAAAAUGAGGUCUUACCAAGCCAAAGUUCGCCAAGGAGCAUUAGCUUGUUUUCUUUCUACUAUAAAAUCAAUAGAAAAAAAAGUUCUUUAUGGCUACUGGUCAGCCUUUGUUCCUGAUACACCUGAGCUUGGCAGCCCUCAGUCCGUGUCCUUGAUGACUCUUACAUUAAAAGAUCCUUCUCCAAAGACACGUGCAUGUGCUCUGCAAGUUUUAUCUGCCAUCUUGGAAGGCUCAAAGCAGUUCCUUUCUGUUGCUGAAGAUACCAGUGACCACAGAAGGGCUUUCACUCCCUUCUCCGUGAUGAUUGCAUCCAGCAUUAGAGAAUUGCACAGAUGUCUUUUGUUAGCUCUGGUGGCCGAGGCGUCCUCACAGACUCUUACUCAGAUCAUUAAGUGCCUUGCAACUUUAGUAUCAAAUUCACCUUAUAACCGUCUGAAACUCAGCCUGUUGACCAAAGUGUGGAACCAGAUAAAGCCUUAUAUCCGCCACAAAGAUGUGAAUGUUCGAGUGUCAAGCCUCACUCUCUUGGGAGCCAUCGUGUCCACUCACGCACCGUUACCUGAAGUCCAGCUGCUUUUACAACAGCCCUGUUCCUCUGGACUCAGCAAUAGCAAUUCAGCGACUCCCCGCCUCAGCGCUCCUGAUUGGUGGAAGAAAGCCCCCUCAGGACCCUUUCUGGAAGAAGCAUCAGUAAGCUCCCCUAAAGGGUCUUCAGAGCCCUGCUGGCUCAUCCGACUCUGCAUUUCCACCGUCGUACUGCCCAGGGAGGAUUCCUGUUCGGGUAGCGAUGCUGGCUCUGCGGCAGGAAGCCCCUAUGAGCCGUCCCCCAUGCGACUGGAGGCCUUACAGGUGUUGGCUCAUUUGGCCAAGGGUUACUUUUCAAUGGCUCAGGUGUACUUAAUGGAGCUCGGAGAGGUGAUUUGCAAGUGCAUGGGGGAAGCAGAUCCGUCCAUUCAGCUUCAUGGAGCAAAGCUUCUGGAAGAACUGGGUACAGGCUUAAUACAACAGUAUAAACCAGACUCUACUGUAGCAUCUGAUCAGAGAGUGCCAGUCAGCUUGGUGGUGAUGUUCUGGACUAUGAUGCUGAACAGCCCUCUGCCCAGAGCCCUGCAGAAUUCCGAGCACCCGACUCUGCAGGCGAGCGCCUGUGAUGCCCUGUCUUCCAUCCUGCCCGAAGCCUUCAGCAGCCUGCCGAGUGACAGGCAGAUCCUGUGCAUCACCAUGCUGCUUGGGCUGAACGACAGCAGGAACCGACUAGUGAAAGCGGCGACCUCGCGGGCCCUUGGAGUCUAUGUGCUUUUCCCUUGUCUCAGACAGGAUGUCAUAUUUGUUGCAGACACAGCAAAUGCAAUAUUGAUGUCACUUCUAGACAAAUCUCUGAAUGUCCGGGCCAAAGCAGCCUGGUCCCUGGGCAACCUGACAGACACUCUGAUUGUCAACAUGGAGACACCAGACCCAAGUUUCCAGGAAGAGUUCUCUGGUCUCCUGCUCCUGAAGAUGUUGCGAUCAGCUAUAGAAGCAUCCAGGGAUAAAGACAAGGUAAAAAGCAAUGCAGUCCGGGCCCUUGGAAAUUUGCUUCAUUUUUUGCAGCCCUCUCAUAUAGAAAAGCCCAGCUUUGCUGAAAUCAUUGAGGAGUCCAUCCAGGCCCUAAUUUCUACUGUUCUAAUUGAGGCUGCCAUGAAGGUCCGAUGGAAUGCCUGUUAUGCAAUGGGGAAUGUAUUUAAAAAUCCUGCUCUUCCAUUAGGAACAGCCCCGUGGACCUCCCAGGCCUACUACGCCCUGACGUCAGUUGUGACCUCAUGCAAGAACUUCAAAGUGCGCAUCAGAUCUGCCACUGCCCUUUCCAUCCCGAGCAAGAGAGAGCACUAUGGGUCUGUUGACCAGUACGUUCAGAUCUGGAACGCAUUGGUCACUGCCUUACAGAAGAGUGAAGACACCACAGACUUUCUGGAAUUCAAGUACUGUGCCAGCCUACGGACCCAGAUCUGCCAGGCACUGAUUCACCUCUUGAGCUUGGCCAGCGCCUCAGACCUGCCCUGCAUCCGAGAAACCCUUGAACUGAAUGGGGACAUGGUGCAGUCCUUUAUCCUUCAGUUUCUAAAAUCAGGAGCAGAGGGAGAGGACCCUGGAGCUCCCCACAGCUCACAUGAAAGAGAGCAGCUGGUCAGAAGGGCUUUGGAGCACGUAAGCAGCAUCCAGGCGCUGCCCGGCGACACAGCCAAGAGGGCCAUCAUGGGCUUUUUAGAAGAUAUCCUCACCAUUUAUUUCGACUCGUCUGGAUCGCAAGUAGCACUCCCAGAAUUAACAAGUCAGUGAAUAGUCCACCAUUCUUUCAAGUGUCAAAUGGUAAUAGAAAGACCCAAACUUGAGUAUCAGAAAUGCAGGAUUUAAUUUUAGGGGCAGAAACAACCCGUUCACUUUUAUUUAGAAUAGGUUAGCAUCUAUCUAAAUUUUCCUCGAGGGGCUCAACCACCUUAGAGUGGUUCCACGGCAUUGGCCGCGGUCCAGAUUGUUGGAGCCUCUGACCUGUGCAGCCGGAGAGGAGACAGGGUUGAGUGCAGGCCGAGCAGACUGGGUGGUUGUGAACCACGUGCGUAUUGCCUCAGAAGGUAGAAACAAAAAAACAAAAGAAUUUAGGGAUUAGAAUGUUGUGUAUUAUGUGUCUGGGAAUUGUUUUCUUUAUAAUAAACUAAUGAAAAAGAG